UUGGGUUUCGCAACUGAUAAGUUCAGCGAGCGUGCGCGCAUUUGCAAACAAACACCACUGCGCCGCUGGCAUGGAAGAAACUAGUUUCCGUUGCGCUUUCCUGCUGAGUGCAAGGUCUACUGCUGCGGCAAGGAAAAUGAGCACGGUAUCGUAGAUGAUCGGAUCAGACAAGAACCUGUGUUUGUCGGCUACGCAACGAGCUGAGAAGUGCGCGUUACCGCGGUGUCGUCUCUGGUAUAUGCUGUGGGGCUUCGUGGCCCGCGGGUAGCACUUUUCCCCGAGGAGGAAAUGCCUAGGUGAGCGGCUGCUGCUGCAGCAACCCAGGUGGUUGCCGGCGGCGGUCGCCGUUGCUUAACCGAGCCACCGCCGCGGCGUCCAGGUGAGCUCCAUGGAGGCGCUGAAUUUGCUGCACUGGGUAUCGGACAUCGACUACUUCAACUGGCUCGUCUGGCUCUUCACCCCUGUGGCAGUGGCCUUCUUGCUCCCGACGCUCGUCAUCUUGCUGCUGUACAUUUCCAUACUCUUCCUGCACAUCUACCGCUACCGACGUCCCCUGAGAGACGCGUACGCCCGGCACUUUUGGGACGGCGCUCGGUACACCCUGGCGCUGCUGUGGUCGGGCCACGGCCGCGUCUGGCACGGUUAUGAGGUCCAAGGAAUGGAGAACAUCCCAGACACUGGUGGAGCACUAAUCGUCUACUACCAUGGUGCAUUGCCACUCGACUAUUACUACCUUCUGGCCAGCUGCCUGUUACACAAGCGUCGCCUCAUCAGGGCUGUUGGUGACCGCUUCCUGUUCAUGGUGCCAGGGUUCAAGAUCUUGACUGAGGUGUUCAAAGUGAGCCCUGGCACCGUGCAGAGCUGUGCCCAGGUUAUGCGUGAUGGCAACCUCCUCGCCAUUGCCCCCGGAGGUGUGCUCGAGGCACAGUUUGGAGACGAGCGGUAUCGCCUGCUCUGGAAGAAACGGCUUGGAUUCGCCAAGGCAGCCAUAGAGGCUAGAGUGCCCAUCGUGCCCGUCUUCACCGAGAACAUCCGUGAAGCCUUCCGAACAGUCGCCUUUGGCCGCGGUCUGUUCAAGUGGCUAUAUGACAAGACAAGGCUUCCCAUUGUACCAAUAUACGGAGGGUUUCCUGUCAAAUUGAGAACCAUUAUUGGGCCUCCUAUUCCGUUUGACCCCAAUGCAUCACCUCAGGAGCUCGCUCACAAGGCGGCCAGUGCCGUGGAGGCCCUCAUACAGCAGCACCAGGAGAUUCCAGGCAGCAUAGUGCGGGCCCUGGCACAGCGCUUCAGCAGGACCUGAGGGCACGGCUAAUGCGUAUGGCGGCAGCAGCCAGAGACAGUUCAGAGCUAUCGCGGUGUGGGCUUUCGUCGGAUGGCCUUGCGAAUGCGACGCUGCUGUGUGGUGCCGCCGCUGCCGCUGGUGGCGUUGAAUGGGUUCUCGGAAUCCGGCCUGCGUGGGCCAGGGACCAACCAACACACAACACCGUCAACGAAGAUACACUCCAGUUUACGGAGGCAGCACUAACGCUGCCCGCUAGAGAUGCAGGCAAUUGAGUCGAGCCUGCUGCUCUCCUCAGCUUGCAAGCCAAGCUCAGGCAAAGAAUGCAAACUCAAUGUACAGUGCAGGGAGUAUGAACAGCUCUGAAGAGGAACACUGAAUUUUCAUAGGCAGUCUAUUGUACAUUUUUGAGAAAAGCAGUUCUAAUAGAUGGCAAGCAGAGCCACAAGUGGAGCUUUUAAUAAAACAUCGAGCUCGCAUUCCAUCA